AUGGUGCCAUCACUUAGCGAGGAUGAAAUCGACGACAUCCUAUACUUUUCGAGGGCAAAUGAGACUGCCGACCUCGAGCAAUUCCUGGCGGAGCUGGCGGGGCAGAAAUCUUGCACCAAGAGCGAACUCAUAACCGCCGCCGUUGACGAGGAAUCUGGAAAUGGGGCGUUGCACUAUGCGUGCGCGAAUGGCCAUAUUGACAUAGUUCAAGCCGUCCUUGCCUCAUUCGACGAUUCGAAUGCGCCCAGCAGUGCCCCGCAGAAUGGCGACAGCCAGGUUUCAAAUCAGAGCAGUCCUGCCAUGAUCUCAUACAUCAAUACGAAGAACAAGUCCGGGAACACGGCGCUUCAUUGGGCCUCGCUAAACGGCCAUCUUCCCGCCGUGGAGAUCCUCCUGAAGCGGAAAGCCGACCCCACCGUGUUGAAUGCCGCUGGUCACGAUGCGGUAUAUGAGGCAGAACUCAAUGACAAGGGUGAGGUGGUGGAUCUUCUGUUGAAGGAGGGCUUGGGCUUGGAUACUGCUGUCAAAGGAGACGAGGAUGAGAGCGAUGAAGAGGAAGAGGAUGCUGAAGGGAUGGAAGUGGAUACGGACGAUGCGACGAAUGCUGCGAGCGGGAGUUGAUAUGGAGGCAUCGAUCAUGACGAAGGGAACUCAUGAUUGAAGGGGAAAUGCUAGUUGGCCUUCAAUGGCGUGUAUGAUUACAUGAUGCGUGUCGACAACUGAAAAGCCCUUCAGGCCUUUGGAAUGGCAGACACCUAAACUCAGAGAUGACGCUGUAGUAGACCCGUGCUCGAAAAGCAAUACGCCACCCUCCAUGUUUUAACGGGCCACUAUAAC